GCUCCCCAUUGGUCGUUGGUCACGUGACAGGGUGGUGCCCGAGGAGGAGGCGGGGAGCGAGCGGGCGCCCGUCAGAUGGGAGCGGCGUCUCGGUGCAAGUUGACGACGGCGAGAGAUGCAGAGGGGUGUGUGAUCCCGCAGCUCCCUGAAGGUCCCCCGGUGCCUUUGGGAUGGCAGCAGUCUGGCAGCAGGUGCUUGCUGUAGACGCCAGGUACAACGCCUACCGCACCUCCCACUUCCCGCAGUUCCGCACGCAGUACAUCCGCCGGCGCAGCCAGCUGCUGCGGGAGAAUGCCAAGGGUGGCUUCAACCCCCUGCUGCGGCACCAGUAUCUGAGGCUGCGCAGCCAGCUGCUGGCCCAGCGCUACGGACCCCUGUCGGAGCAGAGCAGCUUCCGCGCCCACAGCAACAGCGUCCGCAGCAGCCGCACCACCCUCGACCGCAUGGAGGAUUUCGACGACGAGCUGCGUGCCCAGGGCUCCAGGGGCCACAGGCGUUCCGUCAGCCGGGGCUCCUACCAACUCCAGGCCCAGAUGAACCGCGUGGUGUACGAGGAGAAGUCUCCAGGCAGCCUGGUGCCCACCUCCGCAGCAGAGGCGAGCCGUGCCAUGGCCGGCGACACCACCCUGAGUGAGAACUACGCCUUCGCUGGCAUGUACCACAUCUUCGACCAGCACGUGGACGAGGCCGUCCCCAAGGUGCAGUUCGCCAACGACGACCGCAACCGGCUGGCCUGCUGCUCGCUGGACGGCACGGUCUCCAUCUUCCAGCUGGUGCCCAGCCCCCCGGCCGUGCUACGGGCCCUGAAGGGCCAUUCCCGCGGGGUGACCGACUUCGCCUGGUCCCUCUCCAACGACAUCAUCGUCACCACCUCCCUCGACGCCACCAUGCGCAUCUGGGCCACCGAGGACGGCAAGUGCAUCCGCGAGAUCCUCGACCCCGACGGUUCUGAGCUGCUCUGCUGCACCUUCCAGCCCAUGAACAACAACCUGACAGUGGUAGGCAACAGUAAGCAGAACGUCCAUGUGAUGAACAUCUCGACAGGUAAGAAGGUGAAGGGGGGCUCCAGCAAGCUGACCGGGAGGGUGCUCUCCCUCUCCUUCGAUGCUCCGGGCCGCAUCCUGUGGGCAGGCGACGACCGCGGCAGCAUCUUCUCCUUCCUCUUCGACAUGGCCACAGGCAAGCUGACCAAAGCCAAGCGGCUGGUGGUGAACGAGGGCAGCCCCAUCACCAGCAUCUCCGCCCGCUCCUGGAUCAGUCGCGAGGCACGGGACCCCUCCCUGCUAGUCAACGCCUGCAUCAACAAGCUACUGCUCUACAGGGUGGUCGACAACGAGGGCACACUGCAGCUGAAGCGGACCUUCGAGAUCCAGCACAGCUCCAACCCCGUCAGGAGCAUCUUCUGCCCCCUCAUGAGCUUCCGCCAGGGAGCCUGCGUUGUCACCGGCAGCGAGGACAUGUGCGUCUACUUCUUUGACGUGGAACGGGCCACCCGGGCGAUUGUCAACAAGCUGCAGGGCCACAGCGCCGCCGUACUGGACGUCAGCUUCAACUGCGACGAGAGUCUGCUGGCCUCCAGCGACGCCAAGGGCAUGGUCAUCAUCUGGAGGCGGGAGCAGAAGUAGCGGUGAGGCCCCCACCGCAAGCUGCGGACCGCUGCGCCCUCUGCAGCAGCUGCGUCUCCCUGCCGCACCGUGCUCUCCCUCCCGGACCUCUCUGUGGUCGGGUGAGUGUGUCCCUUCUGCUCCCCCCCCCCCCCCAAAACCUCGGGGGAAUCUACCUCCCCUUUUCCCUGAGUGGCAACGGGGAGAGGGGGAGCAGCAGGGAGAUGGGGGCAGAAUGAGAUUUCACAGCUCAGCAAAGGAGGAGCUGCCCCCCCCCCCCCACCUUGCCCUUUUGCCCGUGGGUAAAUAGCUGCGAAGAUUACCCCCCCCAACUUCCUGGGGGGAGUAGCAGCGGCGGGGAAACGUGGAAUGAAUCACGUCCACCACGUUGCGUUUCCGCAGCACUUUUUAAUUUAACGGAAGACUUUGCGGACACUUAGAGGCGCCUGCUGUGGAACGGCGGUCACUGAGAGGGCCCAGGGCGCCGUCUGCAACCCCCCGUCUCCCAGAUCCUCCCAUUUCACCAGCAGGUUGUUGGUCGGCAGGUCAGGAACCAGGGAAGGGAAGGAAACUCCGUCUUUGAGAUGCUGUGCUCAUUGUAAAAAUACGUGUGAAGGUGUUCACCACUCUGCUUGGUAUUUAAUAAACAUUAAAUUAUGCAUCGCAAA